AGGGCGAUCAAAAGAAAUAAGGGAUGCGGAGGAGAGAGAGAGGGAGAGAGAGAGAGAGAAAGAGAGAGAGAGACUGGUCAGUCCAUGAGCAGCUUCGCUUCGACCAAAUUUUGAUAGAGAGAGAGAGGGAGGAGAAAGUCUAUUUCAUCUGGAAGCGGUUUCUCUCGCAGCUUCACCUCUGCCUCCUGCGCAUCAUCUUUGGCUCCGCAUCGGCACAGCCCGGGGAGGAUACGGUCAGGUCCAAAGUGGAGGCCUCUUCUUCCUCCUGUGAGACACAGUGAAUCCGUCUGAUCAUCUGCUCUCAGUCAGUCAGUGAUCCAGUUGUUGUUCAGCAUGAUCCAGAUAAUGGAGAAUUUGCUGUGUCUACUGGUCCUCAGCUUAGUGCAUUUAAAGGACGCUGCAGGUGGUGAUGUGUGUGUGUCGGGUCAUGACAGCGGGCCAGUGUUUGAACAACAGCCAAGCAGUUUAAUUUACCCAGAGGGCCUGAGUGAAGGCAAGGUUACCCUCAGCUGUCAGGCCAGAGCCAGUCCACCUGCUUCCUACAGAUGGCUCGUAAACGGCACAGAUGUCGCGCUGGGUUUGGACCUUCGUUACACACUGGUGGCUGGAAACCUGGUCAUCAGCAGCCCCGAGUCUGUAAGAGACACUGGCUCAUACCAGUGUCUGGCCAUCAACCGCUGUGGAGUCGUCAUCAGCAGAGCAGCCAACCUCAAAUUUGGCUACCUUCAUGACUACCCUCCAGACAGCAGGAGUCCACAGACGGCAUAUGAGGGUAUGGGGACUUUCCUGGCCUGCCAGCCUCCUCCACAUUACCCAGCCCUGUCAUACCGCUGGUUCAUCAACGACUUUCCCAACUUCAUCAAGAAAACCGACAGCCGCUGGUUUGUGUCGCAGGUCACGGGGAACCUGUAUCUGGCUAAAGCGGAGCUGAACGACACAGGGAACUUCUUCUGCUUCACCACCAUCAGCAUGGACAUCAGCACCAAGAGCACCUUCAGCAAAGCCAAUCAGCUCAAUGUUCUGCCUGAUGCCAAUCCAAGGAAGUCAGCACCGAGCAUUAAAGUGCGUUUCCCAGGGGAGACUUAUGCCCUUGCGGGACACACCGCCCAGUUAGAAUGCUUCGCCUAUGGAAAUCCGGUCCCAAAACUGCGAUGGAGGAAGGUGGAUGGACUAAUGCCGUCCAAGGCAGGCUCCUCGGCAGAAGGUCCCACCCUCAUCCUCCAAGACCUCUCCUUUGAUGAUGAGGGUAUUUACGAGUGUGAAGCCUACAACUCAGAAGGAAGUGAUACAUACCAGGGACGCAUCACUGUACAAGCUCAGCCGGAGUGGUUGCAGGUGAUGAGCGACUCAGAGGUGGAGAUCAGCUCAGAGCUUCACUGGAGUUGUGUUGCAGCUGGUAAACCACGACCCUCCGUAAGAUGGCUCCGCAACGGACAGCCUCUCAGCACACAGGACCGGGUGGUGGUGAACGGAGCUCGUCUUAAGAUCAAUAACUUGGCUCUGGAAGAUUCUGGAAUGUACCAGUGUGUGGCUGAAAACAAACAUGGCACCAUCUACUCCUCUGCUGAACUCAGAGUCCAAGUUCAGGCCCCAGAUUUCAGAUCGAAUCCAGUGCGAAGGCUGAUUCCAGCAGCCAGAGGAGGGCAGGUGAUGAUUGAGUGUCGCCCUCGAGCUGCUCCGAAGCCAAGCCUGUUCUGGAGCCGUGGCACAGAGCUGCUCACCAACAGCAGCAGAGUCACUGUAACUUCAGAUGGAAUCCUGUGGAUACACAACAUCAGCAGAGCAGAUGAGGGGAAGUACACCUGCUUUGCUGAAAACUACCUGGGCAAAGCCAAUAGCACUGGACACCUGUCUGUCAGGGAUGCCACCAAGAUCACACUGGCUCCUUCCAAUGCCGACAUUAAUCAGGGGGAGAAUGUGACACUGCAGUGUCAUGCCUCCCAUGACCCCACCAUGGAUCUGACCUUCACCUGGGCCCUCAACGGGGUUCUGCUGGACGUGGAGGGUUCUGCAGGACCAUACCACCGCGUGGAUGGGAAGGAAAACAUUGGUGACCUGCUGAUUGUGAAUGCUCAGCUGAGUCAGGCAGGAAUAUACACAUGCACAGCUCAGACUGUGGUGGACAGUGCAUCGACUAUGGCUCGACUUGUGGUCCGAGGACCCCCAGGACCUCCAGGGGGUUUACUUGUGAGGAACGUUGCCGAGACAUCGGUGGAGCUCAGGUGGAGUCGUGGCUACGAUAAUCACAGUCCCAUUGGCAAAUACAUCAUAAUGGGCCGGUCAUCACUAUCAUCACAGUGGAAGAAGAUGAGGACGGACCCAGUGAACAUUGAGGGGAACGCAGAGUCUGCCCGUGUGAUGGGACUGAUUCCCUGGAUGGAUUAUGAAUUUCAUGUCAUUGCCAGCAACAUCCUGGGAAGUGGAGAGCCCAGUAUGCCCUCACAGACCAUUCGCACUCAGCAAGCAGCUCCCACAGUGGCCCCCAGUGGACUAUCAGGAGGAGGAGGAGACCGCAACGAGCUCAUUGUUACCUGGACGCCCAUGGCCAGAGAAUACCAAAAUGGGGACAAUUUUGGCUACACCCUGGCAUUCAGGAAGAAAGACACAUCAUCGUGGACAGUGGUGCGCAUUCUUCAUGUCGAGUCCUCUCGUCAUGUCUACUACAAUGAAAGCCUGACGCCGUACAGUCCAUUUGAGGUGAAGAUCAAAGCUUUUAACCGCAGAGGAGAGGGUCCGUUCAGUCAGAUCGCUGUGGUGCACUCUGCAGAGGAAGAGCCAACAGUGGGACCGUCCAGCAUUAAUGCCACAACACUGACUGCCUUCGACAUCCAGGUUUCCUGGGAGCCGGUCCAGCAGCUCAGCACCAAUGGCAUCCUUAGAGGAUAUGAGAUCCGGUAUUGGCGGCAGCAUGAACGGGAGGCAGCAGCAGACCGGGUGAGGACAGCAGGACUGGAAACGACAGCCAGGGUGUCUGGACUUCGACCCAGCACGCGAUACCACGUUGCAGUUCUGGCCUACAACAGUGCUGGCACAGGGCCACCCUCGCCACGCACCACUGUCACCACUAGGAAGCCACCUCCUAAUCGUCCUCCAGGCAAUGUUUCAUGGAAGACCGAUAGCUCAUCUGUAAUAGUGUGGUGGGACCACGUGAAGGCCAUGCACAACGAGUCUGCUGUUCUGGGCUACAAAGUCUUGUACAAACAUGAAGGCCAAGCAGCGCUGAAAGUUCUGGACAAGGCAAAGACGUCAGUGAAUCUGCCUCUGCCGAAGGACAACGGUUACGUCGUGUUGGAGAUUCGAUCUUGGGGAGAGGGCGGAGACGGGCCAGCGCAUGAGAUCAUUGUGUCCCGGGACACAGGAACUGGUAUGAUGGUCCAGAACAAGGCCGCCUCCACACUUUCCAGUUACACUCUGCACCUCUUCACUGGCUUGCUGUUCCUUACUCUCACAUAUUUGUCGGGGCUGUGAUCUCAGCCACUCUUUGGACAUUUUACUUUUAAAGGCUUCAAAGUAAAGUUUCUCCAUUUUCUCGGCCUGUGUUUUGGGUUGGGUUCUUCACGUGGUUGGGGAAGGUUGUAGCUUUGCAGGAAUUUAAAGACUGGGAGGGAUUCAGUUUUUUUUUAUAAUAAAAAGAUGAUCUUUUUUUAGGGGAAGGAAGGGCAACUCUGACUGCCUGACUGGAGUGCUUUUGUGAACCAGUGUAAAUAAAAAAAACAACAACAACAAAAAAAAAACAUGCCUUAUGGGACCAUUACAUUUGUGGACGACACAUCUCAUAGUUGCGAAGCUCGGACUGGAGCUGGCGGGAAGAAGACUUCACAAAUUUCAUACAUUUGAGACCUGGUAUUAACAUCCGUCCUUGGUGAUUUGAUGAAAUUGCACACAGAGCAAAGUACAAAGGUCAAUACAUACCAAAUCUAUCCUGAAUGCAUCCUCAGAUCUGAUCACAAAAACCACCUGUCGGGGUGGUUUUGGGACCACAUUUAUGAACCUCUGAGCCCCUGCAGUCUCACAGUGAACUAAAAGUAUUUUUUUACUCUAGUCAGAACCCAACACGGCAAUUUAUUUGUUGCCAUUGGUGCAUUAAUAACACCGAUCUAAUUACUUCACCCCACAGAGUUUGUGAUAGACACAUAUGUUGCCCAAGAAUUUUGACCCUGACCCUGCGGAUUCGAAUACACAACCUUCUGAUCUGGAGUCAGACACUCUACCGUUGCACCACAGAGUUACACAUAUAGCAGGGAUGUUAAUACCAGGUGUGAACAGGGCCCGAGUGUAAAUGACUGUCAGUUUGAUGAGGUUCACACCAAGAGCAAUUAUUUCACACACACACACACACACUCUCUGAUUAUAUGUCGCACAUAAAAACUUAGCUUUAGCUUAUUGUGUUGAGAAAAACAAUUAGUUUCCCAAAAUGAGUUCUGUUCUGUUAAAUCCCUUGUGACACACACACACACACACACACACUAUACAGCCUUCUUACAGAAUUAUCUUGAAUAAAACCGGUGUGACAUCACUCAUGUGCACAUGCAAUUAUUUCGGACAUAAAAUCUGUCGCUUGCAGGUCUUUUUGCUCAUAGUGUGAUCAUGGACUGAAAGCCAGGGAAAAGCUCUGAUAAUGCUUGUUAGUGUUUAUGCCUCAGCUGUAAUUAUAGCACACUACAAAUCUAUGUUACUGGUCCAAAUGAAUGUUUAAUUUUUCUAUCCGUGUUUCAUUUUGGGGGAAGUGAAAUUGGAUGACUGGGAUUUUUUCAUUGUGUGUAAACAUUUGUUGUGCCUGCAUUCUGAAAUUGUUCUCACAGCAGUGUACUGUAGAAGUGUGUCUCUUUAUUGUUAAGGUUAUGGCAGCUGCUUUUUUGCUGAUAUGGAAUGUUCAGGGAAGCAGGGAUGAAUCACAGGACAAGAUCAAAGACUCGGUCGUACAGUUUUAGUGUUAUAUUUCACCUUCAUCGUUAACCCGUCAUCUUUUAUUAGCUCCCAUGUAUUUUUUUUAUGACAGUUUACAGAAAGGAUGUGCCCUCCAGCAGACACAUUCUGUCUGUUCCUUGUUUUAUUUUGUCCAGAUCAUGCUUUUUCUCUAAGUGCAAUGUGCUUAUUAUGUUUGUCUUUUGUUGUUGUUGCCUUACUUAAUUUGCUCAAGACUGUCUUUAAGUGUUGCCGUUAGAAGGUUAAAGUAUAAAGUAAUUCUUUUAGGUUCAGACCUCAUCCAAGACUUGCCCCGAGUCUGAAGUCUAAAUCAAAAAUAUCAACGGUUCAAUAAAGAAACUGAAAAGUGUGUGUGUAAAAAAAAAAAAC